CGCGGGAUGCGCCGCGGGAGGAGCGCGCAGGGGGCGGAGUGCGGGAGGAAGUCGGCGUCUGCUGAAAGGAGAAAGGAGAGGGAGACGCGGCUGGGUGCGGCGAGGUGAGGCUGGGAGCCGACGGGAGGGCGCCUCCUCCUCCCCCGCCCUUUCUGCUGAGGAUGGAAGUGACGAAAGCAGCCGAGGAGGUCACUUCCUGCUGGGGUGGAUGAGGAGGAGCCGGAGACGCCGCGGAGGAGACCGGACCGAAAGCUGACCGUGCCGGGGAGAGCAGGAGAGUGAAAAUGAAAGCAGGCUGUAGCAUCGUGGAAAAGCCAGAAGGAGGUGGAGGCUAUCAGUUUCCUGACUGGGCCUACAAAACAGAGUCAUCCCCGGGCUCCCGGCAGAUCCAACUGUGGCACUUCAUCCUGGAGCUGCUGCAGAAGGAAGAGUUCCGCCAUGUCAUCGCCUGGCAGCAGGGAGAGUACGGGGAGUUUGUCAUCAAGGAUCCAGAUGAGGUGGCCCGCCUCUGGGGCCGCAGGAAAUGCAAACCACAGAUGAAUUAUGACAAGCUGAGCCGAGCCCUCAGAUACUAUUACAACAAGAGGAUCCUGCAUAAAACAAAAGGGAAAAGGUUUACUUACAAAUUUAACUUUAACAAGCUGGUGAUGCCCAACUACCCAUUCAUCAACAUUCGGUCAAGUGGUGUGGUUCCUCAGAGUGCGCCACCAGUGCCAACAGCCUCUUCCCGGUUCCAUUUCCCACCUCUGGACACCCAUUCUCCAACCAGUGAUAUGCAGCCGGGGCGGUUCUCUGCUAGUUCCCUCACUACUAGCCAGGAGUCAAGUAAUGGCACUGAUAGGAAGGCGGAGCUUUCAGAGCUAGAGGAUGGCUCAGCCGCUGACUGGCACCGGGGUGUGGAUCACAUAUCUUCCCGGAACGCUGUCAGUGGUGGAGGGAUUGGCCAUCAGAAACGCAAGCCUGACAUAAUGCUUCCUCUGUUCACUAGGCCAGGGAUGUACCCUGACCCCCACAGUCCCUUUGCUGUCUCUCCAAUCCCCGGCCGCGGAGGUGUCCUUAAUGUCCCCAUUUCACCAGCCCUCUCCCUGACGCCCACCAUCUUCUCCUAUAGCCCAUCACCAGGCCUGAGCCCCUUCACCAGCAGCAGUUGCUUCUCCUUCAACCCUGAGGAAAUGAAACACUACCUUCAUUCUCAAGCCUGUUCUGUGUUCAACUACCAUCUGAGUCCUCGGACUUUCCCUCGUUACCCAGGGCUUAUGGUUCCGCCACUUCAGUGCCAAAUGCAUCCUGAGGAGUCAGCUCAGUUUUCUAUCAAGCUGCAGCCCCCACCGGUUGGGCGGAAGAACCGGGAGAGGGUCGAGAGCAAUGAGGAGUCAGCACCUGUUGCCGCACCUACCAUGGCUCCUGUCCCCCCAAGAAUUAAAGUGGAGCCUGCCUCUGAAAAGGAUCCUGAGAGCCUCAGGCAGUCGGCACGAGAGAAGGAGGAACACUCUCAAGAAGAGGGCACUGUGCUGAGCAGGACCAUAGAAGAAGGAAAAGGCACUGUCUUUGCCCGCCCCACUGCACCACCCAUAUGGCCCUCUGUGCCCAUCAGCAGCCCAAGUGAAGAGCCCCUGGAGGUGACUGAAGACAGCGAGGAUAGGCCUGGCAAAGAGCCUAGUGCACCUGAGAAGAAAGAAGAUGCCCUGAUGCCCCCCAAGCUUCGGUUGAAGCGACGCUGGAAUGAUGACCCUGAGGCCCGAGAGCUGAGCAAGAAUGGCAAGUUCCUCUGGAAUGGGUCAGGACCCCGGGGCUUGGCAACAGCAGCUGCUGAUGCUUAGAACUGGCAGUGGAUUUGGAGCUGUUUAUACUAUAAUCAAAUACAUACAUGUAUUUAUGUAGCAAGAUUUCAGGGUGGGGGGGAGGGAGUUAGACUGGGCUGAUCAUUCUAGGGGCAUAGACUUGUAUUUUUAUGUUUGGGGGAUGGGAUAGGGUAUCUUCUGUUGUAAAUUAGGUGGGAUAUGAACACACUUUUUUUUCCUGGUGAGUAGGACACAGGGAAGGUAUUGAACUGCAAGGAGAAGGAGCCUCUCUUUCUUUUUGAGGCUUACACUUUCUGACAAGGAAACUCCUAAAGGGCCAAGAUACUUUUUGGUCCCAUGAUAGUUCAGGUUCCAGACUUCUUUCUUUUCUAUUGUAUUUAUAUAUGGAAAGCCAUUAAUGAAUUUAUUAUGCUCCAAGAGAUACACAUAAAAGGGAAAAGGGCAUGAAUGGGUGGUUCAGCAGUGAGAGACCAUUGAUGAUAAGUAUUUUGCCUGAAAUGUUUCUUUAUAAUUAUUUCAGGGGAGGAAUAAGAUAAUCUCAGUCUUACUGGGGUGGGGGUGGGGGGUGUUCAGACGUUGCUCUUUCUCUUUUUUCUUGUUGUUUGGCAUUUUUGCUUUUCUUUAAAAAAAAAAAUGUUUUCAGGAAACAUGAGCGUACUGCCAGUUAGAGUGGGGCUGGGAAGGCACAGGAGCUGGCCACCUCUCAGCUGCAUGGCUGAGACAGGAAGCCCUGCUGUGAGUUUCUUGGACUUUUCACCUACUUCACCUAUUAAGAAGCCAUGAGGAGUUGUAAACUCUUGUUCAGGGAAGAAAGAAGAGGGCAGGAGGAAGGAACCCAAUGCCUUUAAAAACAAAACAAAACAAAAGAAUCUUCAUUUUUCUUUUUCCAUUAUGGGUUUGGGGAGCCAAACCAAAGUGUGACUGUGAGCAAGUUCACUGAGAGGCAUGACAGCAUUGUUGAAGAUGUCUUUCCAUUAUGUCUGAUUCUUUUAUUUUCUUAAGUCAAGCCUUAACUAUGAACAUACUUUAAGAUGAUACGGGUCUGUCAACAUAAACCUGUAAAAGGGCAUGGACAACUUUUCAGAUAAUCCAGGAAUGUUGAGACAUGGUUAAAUUUCUAGCUGAUAUUUAGUCAUUCCCUCUUGAUGUUGUUGGGAUGGGUAACAAAAACGCCAGAUUGUGGGAGUUAAGGGCAGAUGUUACCUGGAAAUGCAGAAGGUAGCUAGGGGUACAAGUGGAUGUUUGUUGAAACUGAAGGAAGAGGUGGAAGGAAGACACAAAAAGCAACCAGAUGCCCAAAGCCUGGUAUGAAUGAAAAAGAGCUGGUGUCUGUCUUGUGGUGUUGCCAUUCUUGCUAAUACCCAUUUGCCUAGAUUGUUCUGAUUCUCAUGUCAUAUUCAAUUGAGUAUCCUAGAUGAGACUCCAGUUUACAGGCAGUGAGGAAUUGUUUCUUCAUGGGAAAUUCCCUUUCAGCAACUUCAAAGGAACAGGAAAGUGUCAAUCUUGGGCUAGGGGAAGAGAAAGAAACAGCAGCUCACUUCCUGUGUGUGUGCACACAUGUGCCUAUGUAGUGUAUGUAAAUACUUGACUGGCUCAGAUCUGUAGGGCAGCAGGGAGAGAAGAAAUAACUCCAUAUCUGAUGGGAGCAAGAGGUGGCACAGGGAUGGUGUCUAAGAAUUGGAGAACUUCCUGACUCCACCUUAACUUAAGCGAACUCUAUAUACUGAGUACCAUUUGAGGAUUGUCUUUUAAUGGUUUGGGGGUGGGGGGGUUCUUUUUUAGACUGGAAUGCUUACAUGAGAAAGGGGCUCCAGGAAAGGUUAGAGCAGGUGAGUGAAACAGUCAAUAGCCUGGUAUGACUUGAGUCCAUUGUGUUAUUUCUUGACAAGUGUCCUCCCCUAUUUGAUUCAAAUUCCAUGAGUCUUUCUCCAAGAAAGGGACUGAGAGUGGUCCCUAGCAACUGAGGCUUUGGUAAGCCUGCAGAGGGCUCCUCUUUCCGGCUGCCUUUGGUGGUUGUGUUUUUAUCAGUUUCUUUCUCUGCACCUCGACUUACCUCUGAAUCAGAAAGCAAGCCCAGCAGGUAGGGGAGGGUUCUCUGCUUGGUGUUGCCUGAUCUAACCAGGGAGGCUGGCUGGCCGCCCACUGUCUGCUAGAGGGGAGGGCCAGCAGGUGUCGGUAUGAACUCAGGAAUAGAAACACGAGGCCUUUAAAAUUAGAGAGGGAGAACAAUCCAUGAUGCAUACCUGUAACCCCCUAGAACCCAAGUGCCAGAAUUAAUUCCUAGAUGCUGCUUCUGUUUGAAAAAGUCACUGCUUUUACACUUGAAAAAACACACACAAAAAAUGUUCAUGAAUAAUGUUUUUUGGCUUUAAGAAAUUGUUUGGUGUUUUACUGUUUCCUUUGAUUGCCAUUCCACCAGUAAAUUGUUGGUUGAUUUGCACUGCACACUGGGGUUGGGUUGGGGGGUGGGGAGCGCUUAAACAGAGCCGAACUUGGGCUUGCUCAGGAAGUGGACCAGGGAAUGUGGAGGUCAUUGAUAUUUCCUGGGGCAAAGGAGUGGGAGGUAGUUUUUCUCUCCCCAGACCAUUCCUGGCAGCACCUGUCACCAGCCUGGUAGAAAGCCAGCCCUUUCUCUUCUGUGAGCAUCUCAUCACUGUCCAACAGCAGGUGGAAAAAAGGGGGACGAAAAGCAGACCUAUUUUUCUCUCCCCCAUUUUUUUCCAAAUUUUGCUGUGCCAAAUGUUUUAAACUUUGCAAAUAUAAAUCUACUGAAAUUUCAUUAAUCAAGAACUGGUUCAUGUAAACAGUUUGCUUUUUUAGCUAUAGAAAAAACAGUAGAGAUCUCUUAAGGGCUUCCAGCCUUGCUGAGCUCGCCUUUUUUCCUGAAGAAUGGGUAGGAGUGAAAUACGAACAAUUCACCGAGUCUCUCCACUCUAAUUUUCAGGCUGCACUGCAUUAAACCCAACUCACUAAUACAGAGAGUUUUUGCACCCUAGUCCUCCAUGGGCCAAGAAAGUUUCAGAAGCAUUAAAAAAAUAGUUGAAGUAUAUCACUUCUCACCAAAUGGGUAGAGUCAGUUGGCUGUUUGUCCCUUGUUUUUUUAUUUAUUCCAUAAUUAUGUUUGUGCUUUUCACUUUGUAAACAGUUAUGGAACGUACAUUUUUAUUUUGUUUUAAAAGAAAAUUUUGAUUCAGUCUUUUCAAGACCUGUUCCAUUUUUGAUUUCUUCUUAGGAGAAAAAAAAGUUACCAGUUAAUUUGUUUUGAAAUAUUUAGGCAUUCUUUGAGUUGUAAAAUUGUGAUGCAGGGAUUUGUGAAUGAAACGUUCACAUGUGAAAGAACAUUCACUAGUUAUCCGCUUAAGCAGAAUAAAGUUGUGUAUAUGUACAUAAAAUGUAAGUAAUCUUAACUCCAUUGUGCAGUGCCUUUUAGAUGUUCCGCUUUCUAUAAAGUCUUCAAAUUUUUGCAUAUAUAUUAUAUAUAUGAUGUAAUGUUAUAGAAAUAUAUGUAUAAUAUACAUAUUUUUUUUCCAGGGGUAUCUGAUAGCUCUGUAUUUUGUUAUGGAAGUUGAAAGAAAAAAAGUAUUUUACCUCAGAAAUUAAAGUUAAAUAAAAAAAUGCUUUUAAGUAA